AAUAUGAGCAGCAAAAUAACAACCCAUAUUCUUACAUCUUUCCAUCCAUCCAUCCAGUCAACCAGCCAGCCACCAGAGAAGACUAGAGUAAAUUUUAUCCGUACAUGUGUUCAAAAGUGAGUGUGGCUGUGUUUUUGUAAAUACAAAUAAAGAGGGUCGUUUUUAUUUUCCUCUUUGGUUUUUUUUCUGCGUUAUACGUAAAAGAACACGGAUAUACACACAUGUAGACACGGCAUGGACGGACGGACGUACAACCCAACAAGAGUUUAUUUGAAAUAAUAUUAUAUUGAGUUUUUGUCAGAGUUCGUUCGUUCGUUUCAGUCACAAAUGCAACGGUAAAAAUUGGAAUUAUUUUGUCGCGUACAAACGUGUUUUAACAGUAGCGAACUGAACGUCGCGGCGAAAAGACACGCGCUGUUCUUCUUCACACUAGACAAAAUUUCAGAACAAAAAUUUAUAAAAACAAAAAGAAUUUAGAAUUUACCAAAAUAAACAAACACCACAACAAAUUAUUAUAAUACAAACAUAAAAAAAGAAAGAAAAUUAUUGAAAAAUUCAAGAAUAUUUUGAAACGUGAAAAAAAGAAAAAAUUUUUAAAGUUUUCAAAAAGUAUUUUAAAAAAAUAUAAACAAAAAUUCUCUAAAACAAGUGAAAAUAUAAACAGAGUGUAAAUACCUACAUAAGUUAAAUAAAUUUCGCAAAAAAAAAAAACAAAAAUAUUGAAAUUUAUACAACAAAAAAAAAUAAAAGAAACUUAAACAAAAACCUAACAAAAUUUGGAUUAUUUAAUUAAAACACACAAAGUUACUACAAAGUGUUUAAGAUGUCUUCUCAAAAUAUUGAGAUAAAAGCUUUAACACAAGCUUGAGCUUAUUGAUAUGGAAAAUAUUCGAUUUCAUUUAUUGAAUAUAUUGUGAUUUCAAUUGUGAAAAUACAAAGUAGAAGAGUGAAAUUAAACAAAAAAUAAGUUUUUUUGUUGAAUUUUGUUUAAUAAAUUAUAAAAAAAUAUCAACAAAUUACUACAGCAAACACCAUUCCAAUGUUGUCCUGUUUGGUGCCGUCGUCAACAUCACGUUUUGGUCAAGAGGAUAAUAUUAUCAAUCAAAGUAUGCCCUCAUCGCCAGCAUUCACCAUGCAAUUUCCUUCUUUGGCCUCUACAUUGCAUCAUCAUCAGCCCAAGAGCGGUAGUAGUGCCACAGUUGAUGAUGAAAAUUCAACGGGUAUGCCUGCCUCUUCAAUGGGCGCCUCUUCGCCACAGCCACAACAAACAGAUUUUAUGGUCUCUUGUCCACAAUGCCAUGUUAGAUUGUCGGGUUUUGAGCCUUUACGCAAUCACAUAGCCUCCGAACAUCCUCACGAUAAAUUAAACAUUGAACCAUCAUUUCCCAGUCCACAUGGCGCUGCUGACCAUCACAACCACCAGCAGCAGCUGCAUUUGUCGCAUCACAAUUCGUCAUUGGCCGCAACCAAUGUGGAGGAGAGCGAUGAUAAUGAGAGUAAUAUUAGUUCGGCUGAAAAUAAAUCAUUUUUAAACAAUAAUAAUAACAAUAGUCAAGAGAAAAACAACAAUAGUAUUAUGCCACAAACAUCUGCACCCAAUUCGCCUACACACUCCUCAUCACCCACAACAGCAACAGGCAACAUGUCCUCAUUAACGGCCACAACUAAUAAUACACAACAUCCAACAACAACAGAUCUCUCAACAACGGCAACACCUUUUGCUACAGCUGCAGGACAUUUACCACACAAUUUACAUCCGGCUGCUGCCGCACAAUUUAUGGCGGCCUUAGCUAUGCAACAGCAACAUCAACAACAACAUCAUCAUCACCACCAGCAGCAGCAACAUAAUAAUGGUGAAACCUCACCCACAUCACAUUUAUUAGCUUUUAAUGGUCAUCCUCAUCAUGCAAAUACGCACUUAUUGCAACAACAUCAUCAGCUCCAGCAUCAACAGCAGCAACAACAAAUUCAACAUCAUAGCUUUGCCGGUGAAAUGGAUACAAUGCGCUCCACCUCCAGUCCUGGUUCUUGUGGAGGCAGUGAUAAUAAUUCCGCUGCUAGCAGUAUUAGCGGUCCCUAUCAGUGUCUACACUGCACGGCAUUGUUUCAAAAUCGUCAUGAACUCGAAAAGCAUGAACUCAUGCAUUCACCCAAUGCGCAAUCGCCCCAGUCUCAACAGAAUGGUGUUAAUCAAAGCUGUAAAAUUUGCCAUAAGGCUUUCGCCAAUGUUUACCGUUUGCAACGUCACAUGAUCAGCCAUGAUGAAUCUGCUCUAUUGCGCAAAUUCAAGUGCAAUCAAUGUGACAAGGCUUUCAAGUUUAAGCAUCAUUUGAAGGAGCAUGUACGCAUACAUUCCGGUGAAAAACCAUUUGGUUGUGAUAAUUGUGGCAAAAGAUUUUCGCAUUCCGGUUCGUUUUCAUCACACAUGACCUCGAAGAAGUGCAUUAGCAUGGGCCUGAAACUUAACAACAAUCGCAGUUUAAUGAAAUCUAUGGAAAAGAAUACGGGCUUAACAUCACCGCCCUCCCUCAAAACAAGUUCUCCCAUUUCGAAAACGGAUUCGUCAACGGCCUCGAAUAGUUUAUCUAAUCCCAUGAAUUAUUUCGCUGGUGAUAGUACUAACAAUGCCAGCAAUCCUUUUUAUACAAAUCUUUUGCCCAAGUAUGGUGAUUAUUCGGCCAUGAAUGCGGCUUUGUUGGCCUCGUUUCCUAAUCCAUUCUACAGCAUGGCUUUGGAUCCGCGCAUACAUCCCUAUAGUAUACAAAGGCUUUUGGAAUUAACUGCUGCUGGACAGCAGCAACAACAUCAUCAACAGCAACAACAAGAGCCCGAAACCAAUACACCACCACCUUCUCACAACGAAGGCGAAGAAGAGGUUGAGAAAGAUGUGCAUAUUACCAAUGGGGAUGUAGAGGAUGAUGAGUCGUCCGAGGCCUUAGAACUUAACGAGGAAGAUAAUCAUGAUGAACCCAAAUUGAUCAUGGAUUUAGAUGAAACUGAACACAAAGAAGAUGAAUUAAAUACAAGUGCAAAAUUUGCUGUGGAACACCAACAAGAAGCCAAAGAAGAAACCAAAGUAACGCAAGAAAUUCCAAAAGUUUUCACUAGCUCUCCCAUCAAACAAGAGCAAACCCCACGAGAAUCUCCUGUACCCUUAGAGACUAAUAAUCUUAAAGAACAUGUGCCAGAAGAAGAACAACCCAAGACUAUUUCUCUUAUUAAGCAAGAAAAACCAGAGGAAUCGGAAGAUUUGCCACAGGAAGAAGAAGAAGUUGACAACAACUCAAAUAGCGCUCAAGAGUCUCCAUCUCUUUUGAGGUGCAGCCGUUGUGACAAACAAUUCAAUCAUCCUUUGGAGCUGGUGCAACAUGAAAAGGUUUUAUGUGGCCUAAUAAAACAAGAAUUGGAACAACAAUUCCAACAGCAGCAACAACAACUAUUGGAACAGUCCCACAACUCAAAUUCCUUCAUAAAUUCCAGCGAUGUUGAAGAUGAACAGGAUGAAAGAGACUCAAUUUCACGCAAUGAUUGCUCAAGUGGUGGCGAAAGCAAUGCCGAACGUAAGGUUCGUGUACGUACCGCCAUUACUGAGGAACAACAGCAACAAUUAAAGCAGCAUUACACGGUUAAUUCAAGACCCAGCCGUGAAGAGUUUCGCAUGAUUGCUUCGCGUUUGCAAUUGGACGCCCGAGUUGUACAAGUGUGGUUCCAAAAUAAUCGUUCUCGUGAACGAAAAUUACAAUACAACAGCAAUAAAAUGACAUUCCCCAUGCAAAUUCCAGUGGCACCCAUUCAAGCAGUACCUCAAAGUUUUGACAAAUCCCUAGAGGCGGUAAAUAAGUCCAACAUUACGGAAGAUUUGCCUUUGGAUUUGUCGGUUAAACCACAAAAGGCCAGCGGCAAUCAACAGCAACAACAUUCGCCCUUGUAUGGUAUUGCGCCCUUGCAAAAUGCUGCCAUGGGAGAUAUGCAGGAAGCCAUGAACCUGAGCCGUAAAAUGACACCACCCACAAUGUCGCCUUCUUCGGCUGCCUCAGUGCCGGCGGCUUAUAAACAGCAGGCUGCUGCCGCCGCCGCUGCUCUUUAUUUUGCUGCUCCUUCCCAAGCAAAUGGUGCCCCCAACUUGCCUCAUAACAUCCGACAGACACCAUCGCCCAUUGAAGCUCCUUUAAUGGCGCCACAACAAACUUCAACACCCCGUGGAGCUGCUGGAUUUCCCUCAUUUUCACAAUUGCCCCCCUACAUGAUGCCGGCGGCCAUGGCUGCUGCUCAGCGAUCUUUAAUGCCCAUGGAAGCUCUCUUCCAAAUGACUCCUGGCUCUGCCGACUUUGCUCGCCAACAUCCCUUAAUGAACAGUAUUAAAUUGGGUGGUCCUGCCAUUGACUUCAGAGGCAAUAGCUUGAGUCCCGGUUCCGAGAAGAGAUCUUGGCGUGAUGAUGAUUCUAGAAUCUCCCAUGAAGAUGAUUUUGUUGCCCAGCAGCAACAGGCAGCUGCUGCCGCCUUAAUGCCACCCAAACCCAAGAGAGCCAAAGCUGAGACUCAUGGCCACGCAGGAGAUCCUGAUUUGCCGUUCAUUUGUGAUCAAUGUGAUAAAGCUUUUGCUAAACAAAGCUCGCUGGCGAGACAUAAAUAUGAGCAUUCCGGUCAACGUCCUUACCAAUGUAUGGAUUGCCCCAAGGCCUUCAAGCACAAACAUCAUUUAACCGAACACAAACGUUUGCAUAGUGGUGAAAAGCCCUUCCAAUGUUCUAAGUGCCUGAAACGUUUCUCACAUUCCGGCUCCUACUCACAGCACAUGAACCACCGUUACUCGUAUUGCAAACCCUACAGGGAAUAG